AUGUCCCGCACAGUUUGCAUCACCGCUGUAGACGGCCACACGGGCUUCCUCAUCGCCGAGCUACUCCUCACAAACGAGACCUUCAAAUCCCACAUCAAGUCCGUCGCAGGUCUCACUUUGCACCCCCACGCAGCAAAAUGCAAGGAGCUCGCCAAGCUGGGCGUCAAGAUCGUCCCACACGAGCCGGGCCGUCUGAAGCACACCGUCCAGACCCUGCAGCAGAUCGGCGCCGAGGCCAUGUGCCUGAUUCCGCCCGCGCAUAAGGAAAAAUUCGACAUCACGAUGGAGAUGAUCGAAGCGGCGAAGAAGGCCAACGUCGCCAAUGUCUGCUUCGUUAGCUCGGCCGGCUGCGAUCUCGCUGAGAGAGACAAGCAGCCUCAUCUCCGGAGCUUUAUUGACCUGGAGGCAGCUUUUAUGGCCUCCAAGGGCGAUUCUUCUACCCAGACGGGACACUCGCCAGUUGUUGUUAGGGCUGGCUUCUACGCCGAGAAUCUUCUGCUGUACUCGGAGCAGGCGCAGACCGAGGGGAUCCUCCCAAUUCCCAUCGGGCAGAACCACAAAUUCGCUCCUAUCGCGGCCGAGGCAAAGAAGGUCCUGCAUGCGCAGUCGGAGAGCGACGCGUCCGAGCUACAGUAUCUGCUCGAGUACUACUCCCUCGUCCGUGAGGGCAAGACCAACUACAUAUCCACCACGGCGUUCCACGAUGUGACGGGCAGCCAUCCGCAGGAGCCGGUGGAAUUCUUCAAGGUGUAUGCCGAGAGCUUCCGUCCUAAGCACGUCAACAAGAAGAGGAAAAUGAGCAACCACCUUGCUCACCCAGUCCUUCCCAUCUUCAUCCAAAAGCACCAAAUCCAACGACCUCCCCACAGCCGUCUUCCCAAAAACCCCUUCAACCGACUACUCCUCGUCCGCCGCAUACAUCCUAGAUCAACCAAGCCCGCCACAAUCCCCAACGUCGCAGCCAGGACCACAAUCCCCGAAACCGCAUACGGAAGUCUAUACCAUAUUCGCCUCUCAAUCACCGUACUGAGGGCGCGGUAG